AUGAUUUUUUCAGGUGUGACAAAGAAAUAUGCUGUGAAUAAUUUACGAUCAAACCUUUGUUAUGUCUCAUUUUUAAAAAUAAACAGAUAUAAUUAUAGUAGCAUAUUUGAUUUAAUAUCAAGAAAAAAAAAAGAAAGAAUUAAUGAAAAUAGUACAAUAAUUAUUGAUGAUACAGGUAAAGAAGAAGAAUAUAAUGGAAAGAAAAAGGUUUUAAAAGGUGAGGUUCCUAUUUUGAAUAAUAAUAAUAAUAAUAUAAAUAAGAAAGAGAAUGUUUCAUAUAUAAUAAAAAGUGACUUAGAUAAGGAUAAUAAAUUUUGUGAUGGGUAUGAAUUAAUAAAUGAUGAUAAUAUUUAUAACAAUAAAAUAUACAUGUUAAGAUAUAUAAAAUAUUUACAAAUAAAUGAUGAUAUAAAUAAAUAUAGAUUUAUAUCUAAGCAUAUAAUUAAUAAUGUGUAUAAAUUUAAAUAUAAUGAAAUAUUAUUUAUUUUAAAAAUAUUUUGUAAAAGAAAAUAUAAAAAUUUAUUAUUGCUUCAAUGUGUUAGUGAAUAUUUUUAUUGGUUAUGUAAAUUAAAAAAAAGUAAUAAAAAAAAUAUAUCAUAUUAUUUAUAUUAUUGUUCAAAAUUUAAUUAUAUCCCUACCAUAAAAUAUGUAGAUGAAUAUUUAGAAACUUUUGUUUGUUAUGAGAAAUGUGUACCAGGUAUGAAUUUUUUUUCUUUGAAUAUGAUUGAAGAAGAAACUAAUGAUUGUACUAAGGAUAUAAAAUAUAUAAUUAAUGUUUUAUAUUUUUUAAAUAUAUGUAAUUUAAAAAAGAAGAAAGAAUUAUUUGAUACCUUACUUUAUAUGUGUAUAUAUAAUAUAAAUGAUUUAACACUAAAAAAUACAUUUUUAUUAUUAAAAAUUAUUAUAAAUAAUAUUGAGAAUGAUAAAUAUGAUAUAUCUGUUUUUAAAACUAUUCAUAAAAAUAUAGAAAGACAUAUAAAUUCAUUAGAAGAUGUAGAUUUUCAGAAUUAUAUAAAUAUUAUUUUUUAUAAUAACAUAGAUCCUGAUGAAACAUUUUUUCAUUUUAUAAAUAAUUAUCUUGAUAAAAAGGAUAUUAACAUAUCUUCAAAUAGUAUGCUAUCUAUAUUAAAAAUUAUGAAGAAAUAUAAUAACAAAGAUCAUGUCAUGUUAAAAAAAAUGGUACAUAUAAUGAUAGACAAUUUUUUUAAUUAUACUUAUGAUCAAAUAUUGUAUGUAUUGAAGAUAUUUAUACAAUUAAAUUAUUUUAGUCAGGAUUUUUUUAAUUAUCUUUUUAAAGCAUUUAUAUCUUCUAGUGAUGAUGAUCAUAUAUGGAAUAAGUUACCUGCUGAGAACUGGAAGGACAAAAAAAAAAUACAAGGUUCAAUAAAAGAAAAUAAAUAUCUAUCAAGUGAUACAUAUGUUUCAAGUAAUAAUAAUAAUAAUAAUAAUAAUUAUAUGGUUAAUAUGUAUGAAAAUAUGUUAGAGGGAAAAAAAAAGAUUAAAGAGUAUGAACAUAUAAAAUAUAAACACAAUAAUGAUAAUUCAUGUGAUAAAAAAGUGGAUUCUUCUGAUGAGACUUAUGUGGGUAAUCUUAUGAAUAAUAAAAUAAACGUAGAAAAUGAUAAAACGUUACAAGAUGAUAAUCAUCAUUAUAAUAAUAUUUUCAAUUUUGAUGAUGAAAAAAGAGAUAUGAGAAAUAAUAUAUUUUAUAAUAAUAUUUUGAACGAAAUAAAUAAUAAAGAUGAUAAUUUUAUAAAGGAUCAAAAUAUAUUAUUGAGGAACUCAUGGUUGGAUAUAAAUAUAGAUGAAGAGAAAAAAGAAAAAAAGAAAAAACAAAAAAAAAUAAAUGAGAUAUCUCAUUUACCUCUACAUUUAAAUAUUAUAAAAAGUAAAAUGAAAAUAGACUCAUCAAAUAUAAUACUAAACAACAUACCUAUGAAAAACAAUAAUGUCUAUAGAAGAAUAACAUAUGAUAUAUUAUAUAUACAAAUGCAUAUUUAUCUUUUUAUUUAUUUGGGCAUAUGUGGUCAUCGUGAUAUGAAAUCCUUAGAUAAAUUAUCGAAGAAAAUACAACAUUAUUUAUAUAUGGCAUAUAAUAAGGAACAUGAUAUAUCUGAUGACAAUAUAGAAGAGAAAAGAAAAAGAAAACAAGAAAAGCUAAAAAAUGAAAGUAUAAAAAUGAUAUCAUUUUCAUAUGCUAUAAAUAAAAUGAAAGAAAAUUAUAACAAUUUUUUUUUAUUAUCACAAGAAAAUAAAAAUAUACAGUUAUUACAUUCUGAUAUUAAAAGUAUACAAAUGAUAAACAAAGAGGAAAAUAAAAAAUUAUUAAAAGAAAAAAAAAAGAUACAAAAUGAGGAGAAUCAUAUAAAUACUUUUAAUGAUAAUAUAAAAACAAAUAAGAAUAAAAAAGAAAAAUAUAUUUCUUACACUUGUCAAGAUGAUCAAAAAAAUAUAUUUAUAAAAAAAUUGAAGAAAUCAUGUUUACAUUUUGUAUAUAAUAAAAAUGAAAAAUUACAUAUACAAAAAUUAGAAAAAAAAAAAAAAAAUAAAUUAAAAGAGGAAAAAAAUGAUAACAUGAAUACUAUGAAAUAUAUGAAUGUUGAUAAUUUUAGGAGGAGUAAAUUGAUUAAUAAAGACAAAAUGAAGGACAAUGUGUAUAAAAAUGUUUCAGAUCUAAAGAAAAGGAACAAAGAAAAUGUGGAGCAAAAGAAAAAAAUAUUAAAAGUAUAUCAGAAUGAUCAUCCUGCAUUUAUUCGUCUGCAUAAUAGAAAAUUAUUCCGAAGAUACUUUAACGGUAUGUAUAGGAGCCAGCUUUACUUGGAUAAAAUAAAAACAAAGAAAAGACAAAAAGAAAAUGGAAUGAAUAAGAAAAAAAGAAAAAGAGAUUUACGAUUAAGAACGUAUAGAAAAAUGAAAACAUUAAGAAAUACUAUUCUUAAAAGAUAUGGUUAUAUAUUUAAAAAAAAUUGUAAUGUUGUAAGUAGUUACAUUAAUGAUUGUGUAUAUAAUGAAAAAGAAAAGAAUACAUGUUUCAAAGAAGAUACAUAUGUAGAUAUGAUUUUAAAAAAAAAUGAAAUACAUAUAGAUGAUUGUUUAUUUAUUAAUUAUAAUAGUUUAUAUAAUGUAUCUAAGAAGAACAGGUUAAAAAAAAAAUAUUGUAAUUUUAUUUCUCGUAGUAAUGAAUUAACAUAUGAAGAAUAUAUUAUACAAAAUGAUAAUUAUAAUAUGAAAAAAGAAUAUUAUAAAAAUGAUAUUAUCAAGUGGAUAUAUAGAUAUAUAAAUAAUUGUAAUGUCUUUUUAAAAUAUAAUAACAAAAAAGGACAAUUAAUAAAUGAAUAUGACAUAAAAAGAUUGGAUAUAUGUAUUAGAGAAUGUAAUUCAUAUAUGAAAGAAGAAGAAGAAAAAAAAAUAAAAAAAAAAAAAUUAUUAAUAAGUUUAAAAAAUAUAUCAUUAAUAUGUGAAGCAUGUACAAACUUAUAUUAUUAUAAUAACAAUUUAUAUGAUAUCUUAUUAUAUAAUAUAUUAAAAAUAUUAGAUAAUUUUUAUAAUGAUUCUGUUAUAUAUAUGAAACAAAUUUUAAUAUGUAAUGAGAACAAGUCAAAUAGGAACAUGUCAAAAGAUUAUAUGAAGAAUGAUACAAAUUUUUAUAGUGAUCUAAGUGUAAUACAUGAUAAGUGUGAAGAAAAUAACAUAUUACACAAUAGAACAAAUAAACAUAAUAAUAUUAUUAUUAAUAAUAAUGAUAUUAAAUGUAGAAGGUUAUAUAUAUAUUUAUUUGAAAACACGUGGAGAGUUUUAAUCUGUUACAUGCAAGUAAACCAUUUUAUAAAAAACAUAUUAGAAAAUGACAUUAGAUAUAAUACGUUUGAAACAUUAAUAGAUAUCUAUACACAUAAAUAUUUUUAUGAUAAUAUUAAAAAUAUAAUAUAUAUUAUAAAUUAUAUCAAAUCAUCAAAUAUUUUAUAUAUUAAUAAUAUAAAAUAUUCUUUUGUUUAUAUAUUUUUUAUUAAUUAUUUUAAUAUAUCUAUAAUUGUUGAUAGUUUAUUUUUAUUUAAUAAAAUAAUAUAUAUGAUGUCUCAAAUGAGUUAUCCAAAAAAUAUUGAUCAUAUAAAAAAAAAAUUCAAUAUUAUUUUAUAUAACAUAUCAAAUUUAUAUUAUAUAUAUAUAAAGACACUUUUAGAUUCUAAAAACAAAGUAGAAAUAAAAAAUGGAAAAAUUUCUACUGAUAAUAUAAUAAAACAUAUCUAUAGUAAUAAAGAUAUGCAUAAUUUAUUUUCUUGUGUUAAUUUUUAUAUACUAUUUCUUUAUAUUUUAAAAAAUAUAAAUGAACAAAAGAAUUAUUUUAUCAAUACUACUAUAUCAGGUAGUAUAGAAAAUAAUGAUAUGAUGAUUACAAGAGAUGAUUUAAAAAUAAAGAAUAGGACUCAUCGACAAAAUAAUCUAUAUGUACAUACAAAUAAUAUAUUAACAUAUGAUAAAACUGAGCAAGUCAAAAAUGAUGAUGAUAAUAAUAUAAUUGACAAUCGUUACAUCUUCAAAAUAAUGUUACAUUAUAUAAACUUAAUAAGAUAUUCAAAUAUUUUAAAUAAUAAAUCUAGUAAUAAUAAUGAGGGGAACGAAACAAAUAUAUAUAUAUUCACAGUUAUACGUUUUUAUUAUAUCUUUAAAACAUUUUAUAGAAAUAAUAAAUUACUUUAUUAUAUGAAUGAAAAAAAUUAUCAAGAUUUCUUUCCUUUAUUUAUUAUUAAGAUAUUAAACAAAAAAAAAAUUAAAGAAAUUUAUAUACCUCAACUUUUUUCUAUUAAUAAAUGUGUAGCAAGUUAUAAUAAACAAGAAUUUAUACAUGGAAUUAUUACAAAACAUUUUGCACCCUUUUUUUUUAAUAAGUCGUAA